UAAAAAUGUAUAAUUUCCACUUUGAUUUUUGAUUAUUAUUUAUUACCUAUAUAUUAUAACAGGUAUUAUUUGUUACUUACUAUAGUUAUUGGCUUCUGUUGUUUGCACCAAAACCUGCAGGUUCAGAAUUAGUAUUAUAUUAAUAUUUUAAAUUUUAAAAAUAUUAAUUAUGAAAUAGGUACCACCUACCUAUAUAAAUAUAUUUUUUAUUAUUUUAACAAUUUUUGCUUUUAAAUUAUAUGUUUAGAAAAUAUUAAUUAUGUUUGACAAAAAGGUGUUAAAUGCUUUUCCUCAAAUAUCCCACACAAAUUUAAUCAAUAUACUGAAAGAUAUGCCCGGACCUAAAGACUUAGUUGUAGAACAUAGACUUUUUAAACCCCUUGAAAUGUUCAUCGAUAUGAAAAGUUUAAGGCUUUAUGGGGUGGAAAAGGUAUAUAAACUGCAAGAAUCGAUCAAUCCAAUUACCGAUCGGCAGUGUGUCUUUUUGGUGUCGUCUAAUCUACCAGCGACAAAAAUUAUUUGCGAUCUCAUUAACUCGUGUCUAAGUAGGACAAGCAUAGCUGAAGAUAUUAUUAAAAUCAUUCUUGUUCCCAGGUCAUUGAUUACUAUUGAAAAACAAUUUGAAGAGGAAGGUGUCUACGGGUACAUUCAAAUAUUUGAAUUUCAAUGGGAUUUCAUUCAUUUAGGAGAUUCAUUACUUUCAUUGGAGAUGAUAGAUUUCUACAAAAAUGUGUUUGUCGAAGAAAACCAGUCAUUGUUAUUGCCUGUUGCCAAAGCCUUGUGGACAGCUUUUAUGGUUUUGGGGUUUCCUAAGACUGUGUGUGUAAAUGGAAAGUCAUCUACCGCUGUUUAUAAAUUAUUGAAUAGAUGUUUUACAGAUAGAGGAAAGCCUAGCAUUAAUAGCGGAUCAUGUUUUUGUAUUUUAGAUAGGGAUUUUGAUUAUGCAAGUGUUCUGUUAACUCCUUGUACAUAUGCCAGUCUUUUAGAUCAAGUAGUCGGUAUACAAAACGGUAUAGUUGAGAUAAAAAAAAUUGACGGAACUAAAUCUAUAAAAAACUUAUGUAACCCCGAUGAAACAUACGAAUAUGUCAAAUACAAGCAGUUUGGUGAUGUGUUAAAUUACUGGAAAUCAAAAUCCAAGGAAUUGCAGGAUAAACUGGAAAAGAGCAAAAAACUGCAACUAGAUGAAAUGAAACUGUAUGUUACUCAAGAGUUACAGAGUGUCUUAAUGUCAAAGAAAAAUCUUACGUUCCAUAUAGAUGCGUCUGAAGUUGUAUCAAAAGUAAUAGGUGAUAAAUUUAUUGAUUAUAUUACUCUAGAAAAAAAUAUGUUAGAAAACAGAAGUCGUAAAGAAAACUUAAACUGUAUAGAAGAUUUGUUGGCCUUUGGAAAAGGUAGUGCCAACAAUAUACUGCAGCUCAUAUGUUUAUUUUCACAAUGCCAAGAUGGAUUUACUUCAAUUGAACUAAAUAAUAUUAAAACAAAAUUUUUACACCAAUAUGGAUUCAAGUAUUUUGAAACAUUCCAUGUUUUAGAGAAAAUGAAUUUAAUAGUAAAACAUGAUAAUAGCUCGGUUUUAAACAGUAAUUUAAAUAAAAUUAUAUCCAUUAAUAAAACCAAACAAAUGAUGCAAAACAUGAUGCAGAAAUUAAGGCUUGUAGAUGAUAGCGAGCAUUGCAUGAGUGCAGCAUUUGGUGGAUCAUAUGUCCCUGCUAUUGGUAAGCUAAUAGAGAUUAUGUGUAAAGAAGAAAUGCCCGAGGAAGAAAUUGUUAAAUUAUUAUCUAACUAUUCAUUCCAAGUUAAUGAUUUUAAGACUGGUAUAAAAACUGUAUAUGUUAUGGUAAUUGGAGGUAUAACAUACGCUGAACAAGCGGCACUUCAUUUUUUAGAAAAAUCAAUGAGUAUAAAAAUUAUUAUUUUUAGCACAAAUAUAAUUAAUGGAAAUAUUUUAAUGAACUCUUGUUUGUAGUAUCAAUAUAAAUUACCCAUAGAUAGCAAAUUAUUUUUAACUUUUUACAAAAAAAAAAUGUUUUAUUAUUAUAUUCAGUAUUUAAUUUGUAUAAUAUUUCCUAUGUGAAAUAAAAAAUAUUGAAUAAUGCAUUAAUACUGUAUUAGAGAAUUUUAUAUUAAUAUUUAAUAUGUGCAAUAGUUGGUAUAUGUGUAAUUUUAUAGUGAAUAAUAAAUUAUUGUUUAUGUAUAAUUGUUAUUUGAUUGAUUUUAAGAUGUUUUAGUAUUAAUAUAAGUUAUUACUUUGUAG